GCUUCAACAGGGUGCUAGUUAUCACCAGGACUUGUAACGCCACAGAGUGUUAUGCGGUGGUCAUCGCAGAGGAGUGUAGCUUCGUUUUAAGAGUUAUAUCAACAUGUUAAAAAGUUCUAGCAGGAAAACCGUGCUCUCUGUGGCCGGAGCGGCCUUCACCUGCGUGGCGCUGCUGGUGGUGUGCGCUCAGCACAGCCGGAGCGCGCAUGGUGACGCGCACGGUGACGCAGAGGUAGGGAUGCGCUCCCUGCAAAGUGUGGGCGAGUUGGAGGUGAAUGGAGAAGUGCAGAGCGAACAAGCAGCGCAGGACGGAGAAAAAAAGGGAUUUUCCGCCUAUUUUUCCAAACUGACGCGGAGCAGAAGAGAGGUGGAGAAACCCUCCGGCGCGGACGCAGGAGCUCCGUCCAACGCGCCCGCUGAAGAGCUGCGUCCUGACGACCUCUUCAUCGCCGUGAAGACCACCAAGAAGUUCCACCAGCCCAGGCUUGAUCUGCUUCUGGAAACUUGGAUUUCAAGAAACGUGCAACAGACUUACAUCUUCACAGAUGGUGAGGAUGAGGAGUUGAAGAAGAAAAUGGGAAGCCACGUCAUCAACACCAACUGUUCUGCCGCUCACAGCCGCCAGGCUCUGUCCUGCAAGAUGGCCGUGGAAUACGACAAGUUUAUAGAGUCUGGCAAAAAGUGGUUCUGUCACGUGGACGAUGACAACUAUGUGAACGUCAGGACUCUUGUCAAGCUACUCUCUCAAUACCCUCACACUCAGGACUUGUACGUCGGCAAACCCAGCCUGGACAGGCCCAUUGAGGCUACAGAGAGGCUCGGGGACAACAAGAUGCAACCUGUUAAUUUCUGGUUUGCCACCGGAGGAGCUGGGUUCUGCGUCAGCCGUGGUCUGGCUCUGAAAAUGAGCCCAUGGGCAAGCGGAGGUCAUUUCAUGAACACAGCCGAGAAGAUCCGUCUCCCUGACGACUGCACCAUCGGUUACAUCAUCGAGUCGGUUCUCGGGGUUCCGCUGACACGCAGCAACCUGUUUCACUCGCAUCUAGAGAACCUGCAACAGGUUUCCCGAUCUGAAGUCCAAAAACAGAUUACACUUAGUUACGGUAUGUUUGAGAACAAGAGAAACAUCAUCAACAUGAAAGGAGUUUUCCCGGUCGAGGAGGACCCAUCCAGGUUUAAAUCUGUGCACUGUCUGCUCUACCCGGAUACUCCGUGGUGUCCUCCGCAGGUUACCUAUUAAGGCGACCAGCUCCUCUGUUGUAUCCUCGUCCUAAAUGUGCCUCAGUAUCUGACAGGCACUAGGGACCACUGUGGUAUUGGCCCAUGUAGCUGCUUUGUUUGACAUUGCAGUGCAACGUGGCCUCUCGUGUUUUUUUUAUAUUUUGUUUUGCUUUUGGUUUUUUUUUUUACUGGGCUGCUGUGCGGCCUGCCUUUGGAUACUUCCUUCCUGCCUGGUGCAUUGAUCUUCCUGUCUGUGUACCAUGCAGUGGGGCCCAGGGCCCAUCAGGAAAAAAGGCUUUACAGGCAAUCAGCUGUGCUUACGUCCUUCAUAUUGCUUGUAUCCAUUGCAAUUCUCAUAGAAUGUGUCUUUUUAUAAUAUGUCCAUGCCUUUCCUUCUGCCAGCUUUACCUGCUUAGUACAUAUAAAAUCUCUCUCUCUCUCUCUCUCUCUCUCUCUCUCUCUCUCUCUCUCUCUCUCUCUCUCUCUCUCUCUCUCUCUUUUUUUUUUUAAUGCAAUUCAGGUUCUUUACUUCAGGUCUGAAGUGACAAGCCUGUAAAUGUUUUUAUUUAUCUAUAUAUAUCUAUCUAUAUAUAUAUAGGUGCUUUAUUAAUUUGUAAAGGACUCCGGAUGAUAUAAUUAGAUGAAGGUUAAUUCCGUUGUUAGCGUCAAUUUCAGUUUUAGUGUUAUACUAUUGUUAUUACCUUUGUAUAAAACGACAGGCUGAUAAUUUAUUCUAUAAUUUGUGCUGGCAAAAGGCAAUUUCCAUAUGCACCAUCAGAUUGUUUCUAUCUGUGAUGCAUUCGGAUGAAGCACUUUUCUCCCCUACUGAUCUGAAAAUGAUUGACGGGCCUCAAAGCUGCGUGACUUGCUUUGUUUGACUUACUAAAUUCUAGAUUUGUUUUCUUAACUCUGUUUCUUGCACCCAAACAAUCUGGGCAUUUUUUUUUAAUGAGAAUUUGAUAUCUCGAAUUUGUUCGCUUUACCCUGGGAUAUAUUUCAUAGAAAGUUGCACAGCUUGGUUGAAUGAACUGCUCGUUGCUCUUGUAAAAGUGCUUCAUGCAGAUGUUUCGGGGCGAGUAGACCAGACCUUUUUGGCCAAUUUUGAUUUGAUUGGAUCCUAACGGGCACACGAGCCUCAGCACAUUCGAGUGUUACAACGUACCCGAUUUCCUCAAUUGGUCUGCUCCACAUUCCUCACUUUGCCUGAGUCUCUUUGCCUGAGUCUCCUAAAAUCAUAAAACUUUACAUGAGCAACAGCAGUGUGCCCUUUACAGAGACUUUCUCUGUUUAUCUUUCUUUCACCCAUGUUGGGUAGACUGUAUGUUAUUUUAAAGCAGUAUGUAUUUACUGUGACAUGUUCAAAUAAUUGUACAUAGUCGGUAAGAUGGUGUGACGCAUUGGCCUGCGGAUCAGACAUGGUUCUGAUGACUGCUUGCUUGUUUUUUUUAAUUUUUUUUUUUGCUUAGAAUUGUGCUGUAAUUUAUCCUCCAGUAUCUGGAUCCUCGAAUUGUUCAAAUGCCUUUUCUCUCAGGGAUUAACAUCCUGACAGAGUUACUGUGGACUCCACUGUGGUAACUGUGCAUUAGCUUUCAAAAUAAAACGGCAUUCCCGCUAAGAAACUC